CGCAUGCGUGACUUUGAAGGCACAGCGUCGUGGGCUGUGGCCUUACCCCCGCCACUGCGGCCAAGCACCUAUGGCGUUUCUGAGGUGACCCGCUCCUGGCACCAACUCUCUGUGAGGGAAAGGGCAUCAUCCAUGAACCCUUCGACGACCUUAUACCGGCGCCAGGUGAGCGCCGCUGCCCCGAGAGACGGUGCAGAGAGGGAGCAGAGAGGCCGUUUCCUCAGCCCAACAAAACCGGGGACCUAGCUGGGACCCAGGGAGGAGGCGCGAGCACCAGACAUUGCUGUUGAACGUUGGCAGGGACACCGCCCUCCCUCGUUUAUUUAACUGUAGCCUAGCGAGUGGACCAACUUCUUACUUCACUUUGACAUCUUCAAAGUGAAUUUGCCCAAGGUCUGCAUUUCUGUAUCAGUGUAGGGUGACACGAACACUUUCGUAUGCUUGGUUUAUUGCCUGGUUACCUCCACUGAGCUCCAGGGCCCCUGCUGCCAUUCCUAUAGACUGGAAUUCAGGUAUUGUGACUUGGAAUUCCAAGUUCUUUUGUGUGUGUAUUUAGGUACUAGUAAAUAACUGUACGUCAUAAUUUAGACAUCUUUUUGAAAGUGUAAUCAUAUACAUGACUGCCCUAUGAACUUGUACUGCCCUCCACGCCCUGUUUAUGGCCCUCCAGACCAUGCUGGCAUCACUGUAAACCCCCCCCCCUUCCUGCCCCACCUCCUCCUGAGUUGUGAGAAUAUAGGUGUGAGCCAUCAUAUCUCAACUUUCUUUGAGUUGGGGAUAGGCUUAGCUUAGUGGUAGAGUUGUCUAGCAUGCGGGAGGCAAGUUCUAUCCCCACCUUUUGUACACAAAACCAGAACAUAAUCCUGUACCAUAUGGAUUAUACUAGAACUUAAACGGUAGCUGAUAUUAGGCCAGUGAGAUGGCUCAGUGGGUUCAUGAAGCUGGCCUGGUUUGUGUUCUAUCCCUGGGAUCCACAUACCUUUAAUCUCAGAAGGUACUUGGGAAGUAAAGGCAUAUACAUUUCUGUGAGUUCAAGGCCGCCUUGUAGUACCGACAGGGUUGCAAAGCAAUGCCCUGUCUAAUUGUAAUUAAUAAUAAUAAUAACUAAUGUUGAGUGAUUACUAUAUGCCAGGCACUUACAAAACUAUAGGUCUAAAUAAAGUGUAGAGCCAUUAAAAGAAAGAACCUCUUCUUUAAAAAAAAUAGGUCUGUAAUCCCAGCUAUUUUAGAAGCUGGAAAUUUCAAGGCCUCAGAGUGAGCCCAAGGGCAAGGCAAUUUAGUGAGACUGCAUCUCAAAAGGUGUCUCCCCACCCCCACCCCCUGGAGCUGAGGACAGAACCCAGGGCCUUGAGAUUGCUAGGCAAGCGCUCUACCACUGAGCUAAAUCACCAACCUCUCAAAAGGUAUUUUAAAAAGGCUGUGGAGGUUAGAGAGAUGAUGGUUCAGUAGUUGGUUAAGAGCACUGGCUGCUCUUCCAAAAGACCUAGGUUUGAUUCCCAGUGCCCACAUGGUGACCCACAAAUGUCGGCAGAUCUGAUAGCAACUUCUGGCCUCCACAGGCACCAACCAUGCAAGUGAUACACAGUUGUACAUGCAGUAAAACACAAAAUUAAUAUUUAAAAAUACUGUAGAUACUGCUCGGCGAUAGAGCAUUUGUCUAAGAGUACUCCAGUUACCAUUUUGCAGGGAAAGAAACUAAGAAUGAGGGAAGCUAAGUAACUUGAUUAAGGUUCUAUAGCCACUAAGUGGCCAACUCCAGAAUCAGGUUGAAAGGACCUGACAUACACUGGACUUUAAAAUGGCUAGUCACAGCCAGGCUGUGGUGGCGCACGCCUUUAAUCCCAACCCUUGGGAGGCAAAGGCAAGCAGAGCUCUUGACUCAAGGCCAGCUUGGUCAACAGAACAUAUUCUAGGACAGCCAAGGCUAUACAGAGAAACAGUCUUAAAAACAACAAAAAAGUGAUAAUAAUAACCAAGAAAGAUUAUAGGUAAUUUUUUCUUCAUAAGCAUCACUGUGUGUGGCCUAUUGUUUAAAUUAUAUGUGUGCAUAUGACGUGAAUAUUUAGAUGUAGCAUAUGCGUACAUGUGGAAGCCAGAGGUCAGCUUUGUGGAGCUGGUAAGUUCUUAACCUCCAGUGUUCACCUGAGUUCUGGGCAUUGACCUCAUGUUACCAGGCUGUAAGGUGAGCACUUCUGUAUACAGAGCCAUCCCGCCCUUUUUAAACAUAAAUCUUUUAUAUGUGUGGGUGUUCUGCCUGCAUGUAUGUCUGUACACCAUGUGUGUUGUGUGCCUGGUGCUCGAGGAGGCCAAAAGAGGGGCAUCGGAUCCCCUGGAACUAGAAGUACAGAUAGUUUUGAGCUGCUGUAUGGAUACUAAGAAUCAAAUCUGUGUCCUCUGGAUCCUCUUUGCCCUUGUUUUUAAUUCUAUAUGUCGACUAUGACAAGCAACAAUAUUAAAUUUCCCAGCUGGAAGGAUUCCGCAGAGGUUAAGAGCACUGCUCUUCCAGAGGUCCUGAGUUCAAUUCCCAGCAACCACAUGGUGGCUCACAGCCAUCUGUAAUGGGAUUCAAUGGCCUCCUCUGAUGUCUGAAGACAGCGACAGUGUACUCAUAUAUAAUAAAUAAAUAAACCUUAAAAAAAAAGAAAAGAAAAAAAAUAAAUGUUUUUUAAAAAAUACUAAAUUGCCCUUGAUUGAAUGAAUUUUAGUAAUGUGUGUGUUAAUAUUUAGAAUUUAUUUUGUUUGUUUUAUAUUGUUCUUGCUACCAUAGGGUCUAACUAUGUAGUUCUGGCUGGCUUGGAGCUCAAUGUGUAGACUAGACUGGCCUUAAACUCAUAGAGAUCCACCUACCUCAAGCUCUGGAUUGCUAGGACUGGAGUCAUACCACCACAUCUAGCUUAAUUAUCUUCUUACAGAUUAAAAUUCCCAUUCUUUGAUAAGAAUUGACUAUAGUGUUGUUAAAAGCAAUUAUUUCAUGUUCACCUUCCCUUGAUUUCUCCAAAAUUUCUAGGCCAAGGAUUGGGAAUAUAACUCAGUAGUUAGAUCACAUGCUCAUUAAUGCUCCGGGUUUGAGCUCCACCACCACGCACGCACACACGCACAAAGGCAUCAGGAGGUGUGUGCGCAGGAGCACGUGUUUGCAUGUCUGUGUGCGAGCACAUGUGUGCAUGUGCUGGAGUACACACACAGACAGAGCAUUGCCGAGCAGAACAGGAAGGCUGACAGCAAAGGCCUUGGAAGGCAGAAGAACAUCGGAUCAGAAGUUGAGAGUUCCACUAUCGAGAAGCAGCGGAAGGAGCUUCAGCUGCUCAUUGGAGAAUUGAAAGAUCGAGAUAAAGAGCUCAAUGACAUGGUUGCAGUGCAUCAGAGACAACUUCUCUCAUGGGAAGAGGAUCGGCAGAAAGUGUUGACUUUGGAGGAGCGCUGCAGCAAGUUAGAAGGUGAGCUGCAUAAAAGAACUGACAUAAUCAAGUCACUCAUGAAGAAGGUCAAAACGCUUGAGUCCAAUCAGAUGGAGUGUCAGACGGCGCUUCAGAAGACUCAGCAACAGCUUCAGGAAAUGGCUCAAAAGGCCACCCAUUCUGCCCUCCUCUCAGAAGACCUUGAGGCUAGAAAUGAAAAUCUCAGCAGCACGUUAGUGGACCUUUCUGCUCAGGUAGGACAGUUGCAAGCUAGAGAGCAGGCUCUCACUACCAUGAUAAAGCUGAAGGACAAAGAUAUUAUUGAAGCGGUCAAUCACAUUUCAGACUGUUCUGGUAAAUUUAAGCUGUUAGAGCACGCUUUGCGUGACGCUAAGAUGGCAGAGACUUGUGUUGUGAAGGAAAAGCAAGAUUAUAAGCAGAAGUUGAAGGCUCUGAGGAUUGAGGUCAAUAAACUGAGAGAGGAUCUAAAUGAGAAGACAACCGAAAACAAUGAACAGCGAGAAGAGAUCAUUCGGCUCAAGCAAGAGAAAAGUUGUCUGCAUGAUGAAUUAAUUUUUACUGUCGAGAGAGAGAAGAGGAAAGAUGAGUUACUUGAUAUUGCAAAGUCAAAGCAAGAUCGUACAAAUUCAGAGCUACAGAAUCUGAGACAGAUUUAUGUAAAACAGCAGAGUGACCUGCAGUUUCUUAAUUUCAAUGUAGAGAAUUCUCAGGAAUUAAUACAGAUACAUGGCUUAAAGAUGGAGGAACCAAAGGCCCUGGAGUGCAGCAGAGACAUGUGUUUAUCAGACCUUGACAAUAACUACCCAAAAAUCGAUAUUAAAAGAGAGAGAAAUCAGAAGUCAUUGGUUAAGGAUCAAAAGUUUGAGGUCACGUUGGCUCAGCACAAUAGGUCAGACAAGAGCUCUUGUGAUGCAUGCAGAGAGAAGAAGCUACAGGUUAAUACUGCGUUCGGGGAAAAAAGUGUAAUUGGUCUCUCAUCUCUAUUUACCAAAGACUUACUGGAGAAACAAAAGUCUUGGUCUCUGGGUGGAAAAAUCCAGACUGAACCGGAAAACAAAGUUACACUAUGCAAGAUUCACUCAAAAUCACCAAAGUGCAAUGGAGUGGAGCUUCAGAUAGAAGAGAAGCAGCUGUCGGACGCGUCCAACUCACUGCCUGAUGAGAAGCAGUGGCAGGACAUCAACGUCUACCUGGGCCUCUCCAACUGCCCUGUCUCAAAGCAGCCCGACAAGCUGGAUGGGGACUGCCACGACCCCACAGAAACAUCGGAAAUCUCAUACUGCACCCAGAAUGACGUCUGCAUUGGGGACCUGUCUGAGUUCAAGUGCUGCCACCCAAGUAACAUCAUCAUCGAAGCCCCAGGACAUAUGUCCGAUAUCGAGUGGAUGAAUAUUUUCAAGCCUUCCAAAGUGCAAAGGAUUGUUCGCCACAAAACCUUGUGCACUUGUUCAAGAAGUGUCGACGCACUGAAACACAAUUCCUCAGCCAGCGAGCUCAUUGGCAUCCAGCCUCCCCAGUGUUUGGGUUCCUCAAAGUCUGCUGAAAGAGAAGAUGAGUCAGAGACCCCUCCUGACAAGAGAACCGAAUCCAAUGAAAAGGAUGACUUUUCUCCUACAAGUAAACUACAGCGCCUGCUGGCCGAGUCCCGGCAGAUGGUCACGGACCUGGAGCUGAGCACACUGCUGCCCAUCAGCUGUGACAAUUUCAACAGAAGUAAAUUAGAAGUCUCAGAAGAGCCAAAUGAAAACACCACCCUUGUGAGUCAUUGAAAGAGACAAAGUCAACUUGGACAUUCACUGUGGCCAUGUGAUUCUCUUUGGAAGGCAGAAAGUGGAUACCAUCCAUCGUCACCUGAAGAUAAAGAGGACUGUGAUCCCACAUAGAUAGGCAGCCUUUAAUGCAAAGGCAAGGAGACACUCAAAGUUUAUUUCUUAAAGCAUCUGCAUUUUUUUUGAUGAACUUUUUUUUUGUUGUUGUUUAAAAAAUAAUUUUCAUGCCUAAAAGAUUAGGUCUUACUCUACACACGUGUUUGGAAAUAUGCUAAAAGGAAAAGACAAAAAACAAACUGUCACGAUGCAGAAACCUUUUAACAACAUCCUGGGAGUAUCUGACACCAUGUGUAAGACGCCGUGUUCGUUCUCUGCCUGUGCGCAUGUCCACAUCAUAGCCGUAUUUCCCAAGAGUCCGCUUCCUGUGUGUGACGCAGUCUUUCUUCUCUUCUGGUCUCAGUGUUGGACUUUGUUGUAGUGAUGGACAUGAGAUAAGAUGGUGUAAAGUUUGUAACGGGACACUAUUACCUUGGGUGCUAGCAGUUACGGCCCGCCUGUCCUCAGGCGACAGCUGUAUCUUGUCUGGCUCUGUAGUAGACAGUUCACUUACACAGGACAGCACUUGCUGCAAGAUCAAGUUUUAUAUGGAUUUUAAAGAAAAUAUUGAAGACUAAGAAUUCUAUUUUACUUGUAAUUUAAUUUUUUAAAAGAAGAUUAUACUAUUUGCCUCUGUCCUUUCUACCAGAAUUGACUAGUUUCAUUCAAUAAAAAUAUUUUUAAUAAUAAA